AUGUUUAAUAAAAAACAUUUUAUUAUUGAAAAUAUUCCUGAUUUGACCGGAAAAGUUGCCAUUGUCACAGGAGGCAACACUGGAAUCGGAUACAUCACAGCAAGAGAAUUAUCUCGUAAAAAUGCACACGUAUUCAUUGCAAGUCGUAAUAAAGAACGUGGCGAAGGUGCCGUAGAAAAAAUUAAAAAAGAAACUGGAAAUAAUCAAGUAGAAUAUUUAUAUUUAGAUUUAAAUAACCUUAAAAAUGUAAAGAAAUCUGCCGAAAGUUUCCUUUCAAAAGAUUUGCCUUUACAUAUUCUUAUCAAUAACGCUGGAAUUAUGGCGACCCCUUGGACAUUAACUGAAGAUGGGAUCCAGGAUCAAUUUGGACUAUUCACAAUGACACUACUCGCUAAAAUUGAAGCUUCGGCGCCUUCUCGAAUCGUUAACGUCAGCAGCUUAGCUCAUAAUCAUGCACCGGCUGCAGGCAUUGAAUUCGACAAGAUUAAUCAAGAAGGUGCUCAAUCAUCUUGGGAACAUUAUGGUAUUUCAAAACUUGCCAACAUCCUUUUUACAGAAUCAUUAUCGAAACGACUAGAAGGCAAAGAGGUUUACGUUAAUUCGAUUCAUCCAGGGUUUGUUCAUACCGAAUUAUCAAGAGGAGUAGUUAAUGUGACGAUACACACACCUCAAGUUAAAGUUUAUACAGGCUCUAGUACAACCAUCAGUUGGACUCUUAACGGUGUACAAACUGUUCCAAUUACUUUAGGAAUUAUGAAUAAUAUGCAGAGGCCUUUGAUAAUAGACAACAACGUAAUUCUUUCACUGGGAAAAGAAGAUUGGGUGGUUACUGUGCCAGCAGGAAGGUAUAAAUUUUUUAUAACUGAUGGUUUGGCUUAUAAUUGGUCGGAAGAGUUUAAUGUGGAGAGUCCCCCACCAAACGGCAAAUCACCAGCGGGUAAUCCUACACCAAACGGUAAAUCACCAGAAAGCUCACGAUACCAAGCGGAAACUACUAAUACACCUAAUAAACCUGAUGAUGAUAAAGGCCAUAGUGACAUGAAAGGCAUAAUUGUGGGAUCAACAAUUGGAGGUAUUGCAACUAUUAUUGCUGCAGUAAUCACGGUUAGAUGUAUAAGAGAAAGAAAUAAGUAA